AUGAAGACCACCUCACACAGUACUCCCAGUUUGACCUCUCUGAUCACCACCACUGGGACCAGCUCAGACAGUACCUUCGGCUUGAGUUCUUCGGUCGCCACCACCAAGACAACCUCACACAGUACUGCCAGCUUCACUUCUUCGAUUGCCACCACCGAGACCACGUCACACAAUACUCCCGGCUUCACUUCUUCGAUUGCCACCACUGAGAUCACCUCACACAGUACUCCCAGCUUCACUUCUUCCAUCACCGCCACUGAGACCCCCUCCGACAGUACUCCAGUUUUCACUUCUAUUUCCACCUCCAAGACAACCUCACACAGUACUGCUGGCUUCACUUCUUCGAUCAGCACCACCGAGACCACCUCACACAGUACUCCCAUGUUCACUUCUUCUGUUGCCACCACGGAGACCACUUCACAUAGUACUCCAAGCUUCACUUCUUCAGUCACCACCACUGAGACCACCUCACACAGUACUCCCAGCUUCACUUCUUCGAUCACCACCACUGAGAUCAUCUCACAUAGUACUCCCAGCUACACUUCUUCGAUCACGACCACUGAGACCACAUCACACAGUACUCCCAGCUUCAGUUCUUCAAUCGCCACCACUGAGACCACCUCGCACAGUACUCCUAGCUUCAUUUUUUCGAUCACAACCACCGAGACCACCUCGCACAGUACUCCUAGCUUCAUUUUUUCGAUCACCACCACCGAGACCACCUCACAUAGUAGUCCCGGCUUCGCUUCUUCAAUCACCACCACUGAGACCACCUCACACAGUACUCCCAGCUUCACUUCUUCUAUCACCACCUCCAAGACAACCUCACGCAGGACUCCUGGCUUCACUUCUUCGAUCGCCACCACCGAGACCACCUCACGCAGUACUCCUGGUUUCACUUCUUCGAUUGUCAUCACUGAGACCACCUCACCCCAUACUCCCGGCUUCAUUUCUUCAAUCACCACCACCGAGAGAAUCUCACAGAGUACUCCCACCUUCACUUCUUUGAUCACCACCAGCGAGAUCACAUCCCACAGUACUCCCAGCUUGACUUUUUCAAUCACCACCACCAAAAGCACAUCCUACAGUACUCCCAGCUUCACUUCUUCAAUCACCACCACAGAGAGCACCUCACACAGUACUCCCCCCUUCACUUCUUCAAUCACCACUAAUGAGACCACCUCACACAGUACUCCCAGCUUCACUACUUCAAUCACCAAAACCAAGACCACAUCCCACAGUACUCCCAGUUUCACUUCUUCAAUCAGCAUCACUGAUUCCAGGUCACAUAGUACUCCCCACUUCACUUCUUCAGUCACCACCCCGGAAAUGACCUCACACAGUACUCCCGGUCUCUUUUCUUCAAUCAUCACCACCGAGACCACCUCACACAGUACUCCCAGCUUCACUUCUUCAACCAUCUACUCCACAGUCAGCUCAUCCACAACUGCCAUCACCUCACCUUUCACUACCUCAGAGACUGGGGUGACUUCCACACCUUUAUCCCCAUCUUCUCUGAGUACAGACAUCCCGACCACAUCCCUAAGAACUCUCACCCCCUUAUCUUUACGCACCAGCACUUCAUUGACUACAAUCACAGACCUUCCCUCUAUACCCACUGAUAUCAGUAGCUUAUCAACCCCAACAGACAUUUCAUCUUCUCCCUCCGUCCAAAGUACAGAAACCUCAUCCCUUUUGUGCACAACCUCUCCCACCAUGUCCACUGUGAGAGCGACUCUCAGAAGUACUGAGAACACCCCAGUCAGUUCCUUUAGCACAAGUAUUGUUGUUAUGCCUGAAAUCCCAACACAGACCCCUCCUGUACUGAUGUCUGCCACUGGGACCGAAACAUCCCCAGUACCUACUACUGUCGCCUUUGGAAGUAUGGAUUCCUCUAUGUCCACUCUUCAUACUCUUACUCCAUCAACAGCCUUGAGCAAGAUCAUGUCAACAUCACAGUUUCCUGUUCCUAGCACACAUUCCUCCACCCUUCAAACAACUCCUUCAAUCCCCUCUUUGCAAACUUCACUCACAUCUACAAGUGAGUUCACUACAGAAUCUUUCACUAGGGGAAGCACAUCUACAAAUGCAAUCUUGACUUCUUUUAGUACCAUCAUCUGGUCCUCAACACCCACUAUCAUCAUGUCCUCUUCUUCAUCUUCUGCCAGCAUAACUCCAGUGUUCUCUACUACCACUCAUUCUGUUCCUUCUUCACCAUACAUUUUCAGUACAGAAAAUGUGGGCUCCUCUUCUAUCACAGCCUUUCCUAGUCUCUCUUCCUCUGCAACUACCAGCACUUUUCCUACCAGCUCCUCUCUGACCACAGCUCUCACUGAAAUAACCCCCUUUUCUUAUAUUUCCCUUCCCUCCACCACACCCUGUCCAGGAACUAUAACAAUUACCAUAGUCCCUGCCUCUCCCACUGAUCCGUGUGUUGAAAUGGAUCCCAGCACUGAAGCUACUUCUCCUCCCACCACCCCAUUAACAGUCUUUCCCUUUGCUACCGAAAUGGUCACCUGUCCUAGCUCCAUCAGUAUGCAAACUACUCGUGCUACAUAUAUGGGCACUUCUUCCAUGACGCCAGAAAGUGAGUCCAGCAUCACACCCAAUGCUUCCAGUUCCCCUGGCACUGGGACUGUACCCACAAACACAGUUUUCACAAAUACUCGACUGCCCACCAGUGAGACCUGGCUGAGCACCAGCUCUGUGGUCCCCCCACCUCUUCCUGGCGUCUCUACUGUCCCGCUCACCAUGAAACCAAGCAGCAGCCUCCCGACCAUCCCGAAGACUUCAAGCAAGUCAACACACCCCUCCCCACCCACCACCAGGACUUCACAGACACCAGUGGCCACUACCCAGACUCCUACCACCCUUAUGUCGCGCAGGACAACUCGCAUCACUUCUCAGAUGACCACACAGUCCAUGUUGACCACCACUGCAGGCACCUGUGACAAUGGUGGCACCUGGGAACAGGGCCAGUGUGCUUGCCUUCCGGGGUUCUCUGGGGACCGCUGUCAGCUCCAGACCAGAUGCCUGAACGGGGGUCAGUGGGAUGGCCUCAAGUGCCAGUGCCCCAGCACCUUCUAUGGUUCCAGUUGUGAGUUUGCUGUGGAACAAGUGGAUCUAGCUGUGGUGGAGACCGAGGUGGGCAUGGAAGUGUCUGUGGAUCAGCAGUUCUCGCCGGACCUCAAUGACAACACUUCCCAGGCCUACAGGGAUUUCAACAAGACUUUCUGGAAUCAGAUGCAGAAGAUUUUUGCAGACAUGCAGGGCUUCACCUUCAAGGGUGUGGAGAUCCUGUCCCUGAGGAAUGGCAGCAUCGUGGUGGACUACCUGGUCCUGCUAGAGAUGCCCUUCAGCCCCCAGCUGGAGAGCGAGUAUCAGCAGGUGAAGACCACGCUGAAGGAGGGGCUGCAGAACGCCAGCCAGGAUGCGAACAGCUGCCAGGACUCCCAGACCCUGUGUUUUAAGCCUGACUCCAUCAAGGUGAACAACAACAGCAAGACAGAGCUGACCCCGGAAGCCAUCUGCCGCCGCGCCGCUCCCACGGGCUAUGAAGAGUUCUACUUCCCUUUGGUGGAGGCUACCCGGCUCCGCUGUGUCACCAAAUGCACGUCGGGCGUGGACAACGCCAUCGACUGUCACCAGGGCCAGUGCGUUCUGGAGACGAGCGGUCCCGCGUGUCGCUGCUACUCCACCGACACGCACUGGUUCUCUGGCCCGCGCUGCGAGGUGGCCGUCCACUGGAGGGCGCUGGUCGGGGGCCUGACGGCGGGCGCCGCGCUGCUGCUGCUGCUGCUCCUGGCGCUGGGCGUGCGGGCGGUGCGCUCCGGAUGGUGGGGCGGCCAGCGCCGAGGCCGGUCCUGGGACCAGGACAGGAAAUGGUUCGAGACCUGGGAUGAGGAAGUCGUGGGCACUUUUUCAAACUGGGGUUUCGAGGACGACGGAACAGACAAGGAUAAAAAUUUCCAUGUGGCCUUGGAGAACGUGGACACCAUUAUGAAGGUGCACAUCAAGAGACCUGAGAUGACCUCGUCCUCAGUGUGAGCCCUGCAGGGCCCCUUCACCACCCCGUCUGCCUUGCCCCGACACAAGGAUCUGCAUUGCGUCCAUUUCGAGAGGUGGCCCCAGGACGUGGGCAGCCCAGGCUCCUGCUGUUCUUGGGCAAGUUGAGACUGUUCCCCCAAAUCCCAUCCUUCUCUUUCCAACUUGGCUGAAACCCACCUGGAGAUGCAGUUCACGUGCAGGCUCUUCCACUGUGUAACCUUGGGCAAGUCAGUAACGAGCCUCAGUUUCCUCACCUGCAAAACGAGUACAACAUUCCUGUAUGAUAUCUCACGCCGUUGUUGUGAAAACCACAUAGACUUGGUCAAUUCUCGGUCCUACGCUGCCCUCCCGUCUCAGCCCUCGUGUUGCCAUUGCCUCUCUCGGAUCCUCCAAUCCUCAUGUCCUUCGCCUGGUCUCUGGCCCUGGUUCCUAUUUUCUCUCAAUUCCCUACUGCCUGUUUCUUACUUUGAACUGGACGCAGCCUGCAGCCCCAUCCCAUCUCCUGCCCUCUCCUGAUCUAAGUCCCUGCUGCAUCUCUUGCUCUCAUUCCUUAGACGUCCUCCCCUUCUGACCCCGUUCCUUCAUCCAUCCUGCCCCCCAGUCCCCCAGCCCUAAAUCCUCCCUCCUCUCCUCACAUCCUGGUCCCUAGCAAGGUAUAGAUAGCCUCUGUGUCUUAGGAUACCCCAGCUGCUGUUCCCCCCAUCACCCCGUUGCCCAGUUCCCCGUUUCUCUUGCUCUCAUUCCUUGU